GAAAUGCACUGCAUCGCAGCGCACAUUGCAGAGGGCGGGCAAGCAAGCCGGCGCCAGUGAUUUUCGAUCAUCAAUCGACGAACCAACCUCUCCUCUUCUCUCCAGUUACAUCGACGCUCGUCCUCUCUGUUCCCAUCUCUUUCUCUUCUCUCUCUCCACGCUGGCGUCUCGAUUCUCCUAAUCGGCACGCUCCCUUCCGCUCCUUUGACUGUCCAGAAUCAGCGACAACAGAAGUUGUUGGGGCCAAAUACACACGCGCGUUCAAACGCCCUUGCCUUAUUUUGACGAGCGAGGUGACGCUGCCGACGGAUACAUCUUCAAAGGCAUAGCAAGGACGACGAGGGCGACGACACGAGCGACGCCAAGAUGGGCAUCUCGUUUGGAAGCUACGACAAGAUCUGUGAUGAGGUUGCGCUCAUCGUCUGCCCACUCCUGGGGUCGGACUUGGGUCUGGAGCCGAGCUGCUACUCGAGAAACGUAGAGAUCAACAGCACAGUCAUCUUCCAGCCAGCAACAUGCUUCCUGCACAUUGCUGCUCUCAUCAUGACUGCCAUUAUGGUCUACCACGUCCGAUCAAAAUACACAGCCGUUGGUCGCAAGGAGAUCGUUCUCUUCUUCUACCUUUACGCUCUGUCAGAGAUCAUCGCCAUCUUCCUCGACUCGGCCAUCAUCCCCACCUACUCACCAGCAUACCCUAUCUUUGCUGCCAUCUACGUCGGCCUGGGGACGGCCAUCUUCUGGUGCUUGGUCAUCAACGGCUUCGUCGGCUUCCAGUUCGCAGAAGACGGCACGCCAAAGUCUCUCUGGUUCCUUCGGCUAUCGACGCUGUUGCUUUGGGUCAUUGGCUUCCUCGUCUCCCUCGGCACCUUUAAGUCGAUUGGUGGUCUCUCGCCCACGAAGCAGGUCGGCCUCUGGGUCGUGCAGCUGCUGUUCCCCGUCAUCUGUGUGGCUAUCUACACCAUCUCGCAGAUCAUCCUUGUCCUGCGGACGCUCGACGACCGGUGGCCGCUGGGCGACAUUGCCUUUGGCGUCGGCGCCUUUGUCGCGGCAUGCGUCCUGAUGUUUGGAUUCUCAAAAGAGAUCUGCGUCGGUGUCAAGCACUAUAUCGACGGCACCUUCUUUGGCGUUCUCUGCCUUCUCUUCGCAGUCAUGAUGGUUUACAAAUACUGGGAUUCAAUCACAAAGGAAGACCUCGAGUUCAGCGUCGGGUCAAAGCAGUCAGUCUGGGAGAUCAAAGACCCCCUGCUUGGCCCUGGCGACGUCGACGUUGUGGCGUCUUCGAACACGCACGAUUCGUAUGGUCGUGCGGGUGGCGCUAAGCUUGCGCCGGGUGCGGCUACCAAGUCGCCCGGCGGACUCGGUUACCCUCCUGGCGGGCACUACGGAGGUGGCUACUAGUUGAACGACAAAAGGACUAUCUCUCACCUUCGUCCCUCUCCCUGUCCUCUUACCUCUUUUGAGUUCACCUACUCACGACCACUGUACUUUUUACCGUGUGUGUGUAGACACACGCCCUCUUGUCCUUUCUCGUCCCUCUUCUCUCUAGUAGAUCCGUUCUUUGUUUCAAACUCCUGUCCCACCACGCACUUGUGUUCCAACUCUCUGGCAGUCAUCCACGCGCACAAUUUAUACACUCAAGCUC